CGUGCGUUCACACGCGGAUUUACGGACGUCCUCAACACGAUUCUGUAGCACGGGAACGGACCAAAACCGCUUCUAUCAGACCACCCGGACCCGCGGCGAAAACGAUGCCAAAGUAGUCCAGAUCCUGCGUAAGAUGUUGAGACUUUCCCACAGUCAAUAAUAGAGUUUUUUUUUUUUAAAGGUGUGAAGUUUUGGUUCCGGAGGAUCUUUACGCACGGUGGACUUGGAUUUAUUGGAAGGAAAAAGACAGAAGCAGACUUUUGGGGUAUAGGAUGUAGGUCUGCGGGGGAUUUUGCAUCUGAAGAAUGAGUUAGUAAAACAGCCCCGCUUACUUUUUGUGCGCUGAGGACGCAUGAGGCCAUUGGUUGAAGACACCAUGACGGACUGUGGGGACGUUCUACGUGGGAGGGAGCACACUUUUCUUUCUGCGUUAUGUAAUGACUGACAGUGCCCGAAAAUUGGAGGUAGACCGCAACCGACAUCGCUCCCCCCGCCGCCCCCUUCUCUCCCCCCCCAACACCCCCACCUUCCCCCCUUUCUAUGUCAUUGUGUUUAAGUGUGAUCCAAAAACUGAUACCCUCCAGAAAUGUAUCAAAGGUCAACGUAUUCGUUCCCCACCGAAACAGCUCGAUAGAAGAUUUGUGAAAUCUCAAAGAUUCAUCACGAUGUCUCGAAUUGUGACACGUUCAGACAAAAUGAUGCCCACACCAGCAAAUCACACAGUCAGCUGUGUUCUUAUUACCUUCUCGGGCUUUAAGUCAUUUGUGAUCUUCUUGAAUGGUUGCUAAGAUGCUGAGCAGCUCGUUUUUGCCCUAACAUUUGGGGACAUGUAGUCGUUCUCUAACUCUAAUCUUCUCUAUAGCUUUCUGAUCAUCUGAAGUCCAUAGUUAAUCUUCAGCAGAGCCUUUGUUAGUCCUAUCCUCCCCCCCACUCAUCAGGGCUGGUGGGGGGGGUGGAUCUUGGCCCCUCGGGGUCAUAAUCGUGGUGGUCUCUGCUGGUGGCAGGCCUCCCACAAUGGAGACCAGCCCAGAAAGCCCAAACCGGGCGGUGGAGUACCUCCUUGAGCUCAACAACAUCAUCGAAAGUCAGGCCAAGCUCCUGGAGACGCAGCGCCGGCGCAUCGAGGAGCUGGAGGGCCAGCUGGAUCGGGUGAACCAGGAGAAUCAGGACCUGAGGCAGGAACGCAGUCCGCGGACUGCUGGUUCAGACACUCCAGUGCAGAAUCACAACCACAGCCACGGCGGCGAUGGCAGCGGGAAUGGAAGCACCCCGGCGGCUCAGGCGGGAGCCGCUCCAGCUCCAGGGCCCAGCAGGGAGAGGAGGACCCACACCAGGCUGACCCGAGGUCUCUCCUGCGGCUCCUCUACCACCGAGCGAGACCGGCUGGAACGCACCGACAGCACAGACACCAAUGCCAGUUCCACCAUACGGCGGAAUGUCCGGCUGCCGUCUGUCUCAGGGCAGCCCGUCUCGGCUCCCAGCACUCCCACUGCAACGGGCAGCGCUGCCUUUGCUACUCUUUUCUCCACCAGUCUGUCUAUUCACAGCUUCGUCAGUCUCCAUCAGUACUGCUGCCCCUCUACUGACCAAAGCUCACAGCAGGAGGACAGUGUGGAAGGCGAGUCUCAGUGUCCAGACACCAGCACCCACAAAGACGGCUCAUUUAUCCAGAAUCCUUUCCUGCGUAGCUCAGAGCGUUACGGCGACAGUGGCAACACACCCUCUGGUAUCAGAGGCCCUUCAUGUGUUGCUGCCUCCAGUUCCGCCAGCUUGGCCUGGGCAUUACGCACACGCCACCAGCCUGCCAGCGUAGCCCUCCGCAAGCAAGAGGAAGAGGAAAACAAGAGAUGCAAGGCCCUUUCUGACAGCUAUGAACUUUCAACUGAUCUGCAAGACAAAAAGGUGGAAAUGCUGGAGAGAAAAUACGGUGGCUCUUUUGUAAGUCGCAGAGCAGCAAGGACCAUUCAGACUGCCUUCAGGCAGUACCGUAUGAACAAGAACUUCGAGCGCCUCCGAAGCUCUGCUUCCGAAAGCCGCAUGACACGCCGCAUCAUUUUGUCCAACAUGAGACUGCAGUAUUCGUUUGAUGAGCGACAACCUCAGCAGCAGGCUCAGACGCAAACUAACUUCACCCACAGCGUGGCCAUAGGGCCUCCUCAUUCCUCAGACACAGAUCGCCCAGAAGACUACACCCACCUGGAAGACACCUUCUCAAAACAGGUUAAGUCUCUAGCUGACUCCAUAGAUGACGCCCUCACCUGCCGCGCCGGCCGUGAUGAUUCCCAGGAGGGAAGCAGAGAGGGUAGAGGAAUCAGUGAAGACUUUGGGGAGUGUGUGUGGAGCAGCAGUAGCAACCCCUCUUCCCAGAGAGGUUUGGGGGAAAGAGCCAGGGGUCCUGGAGGAGGACUCAGUAUGCAUGGAGACAGUACGGCCACCUCCUACAGCGAUGUCACCCUUUAUAUGGAUGAUGGCAUACCCUCUUCUCCUCUGUCCCUUGACCGUGCACCCAGCAGCACGGAUACAGAAUACUGGGGCCCAAGCGGAGGUGUCGGAGGACGUGAGGACAGCAGGGACACUGAGGGAGGGGGUAGCAGUAACAGUAGGCGAAGUACCCCUUGUACAGAGUGUCGGGACUAUCGUCUGAGGGGCUCACACCUGCCUCUCCUCACUAUUGAGCCACCCAGUGACAGCUCAGUAGACAUGAGUGAUCGAUCGGACCGUGGCUCUCUGAGCAGACAGCUGGUCUAUGAGCAAGAGCCUGGGGUAGGAGCUGGCUCCCCUCAGGGAACACUCAAACAUUCUCCCAACAACAGCACACGUCCCUCGUCCACGGCAGCUGCCCAGGGUCAAACACGGGCUCCUGGGAGACCCAUACCCACACAUAUCCCGCACCAGGUGACAACACAUCAUCACCAUCACCACCACCCUAUCCACCACCAUCAGUAUCCUGACACGCCAUCAUCAUCUUCCUCCCCCCAGCAGCUCCCCACCACUCCUCUGUCCUCCUCUUCCUCCACUGCUUUGCCCCCUGGUGGCUUGGAACAGCCGUGCUGCUCCGAUGGAGACAAUGAUUCCCUCAACUCUACGACCAACUCCAAUGAGACAGUCAACUGCAGCUCAGGCUCCUCUUCUCAGGACAGUCUGCGGGAGCCUCUGCCUCCUCUGGGCAAGCAGACUUACCAGAGGGAGUGCCGCCAUAGCUGGGACUCCCCGCCUUUCAACAGCGAUGUGGUGCAGAGACGGCAAUACCGCAUAGGCCUGAACCUCUUCAAUAAGAAGCCAGAAAAGGGGAUCCAGUACCUGAUAGAGAGAGGCUUUGUAUCGGAUACUCCCGUUGGAAUUGCACGCUUCAUUUUGGAGAGGAAAGGACUAAGCAGGCAGAUGAUUGGAGAGUUCCUGGGAAACCGACAGAAACAAUUCAACAAGGAUAUUUUAGACUGUGUGGUGGAUGAGAUGGAUUUCUCGGGUAUGGACCUGGACGAUGCUCUGAGAAAGUUUCAAGCUCAGAUUAAAGUUCAAGGUGAAGCGCAAAAGGUGGAGAGGCUAAUUGAGGCUUUCAGUCAGAGGUACUGUGUGUGUAAUCCAACACUGGUUCGUCAGUUCCAGAACCCAGAUACCAUCUUCAUCUUGGCCUUUGCCAUAAUCCUUCUUAACACAGAUAUGUACAGUCCCAACGUCAAAGCAGAAAGAAAGAUGAAACUGGACGACUUCAUCAAGAAUUUGAGAGGUGUAGACAAUGGUCAGGAUAUACCUAGAGACCUGCUGGUUGGAAUCUACCAGCGCAUACAAAAAUGGGAGCUUCGGACCAAUGACGAUCACGUGUCCCAAGUGCAGGCGGUGGAGAGAGUGAUUGUGGGAAAGAAGCCUGUGCUGUCUCUUCCCCAUCGUAGGCUGGUGUGUUGUUGCCAGCUUUACGAGGUGCCUGAUCCUAACAGACCUCAGAGAACCGGAGUGCACCAGCGAGAGGUGUUCCUCUUUAAUGAUCUUCUCGUGGUGACCAAAAUUUUCCAGAAGAAGAAAACUUCAGUAACCUAUAGUUUCAGACAGUCUUUUCCUUUGGUUGAGAUGCAAGUUCACAUGUUCCAAAACUCAUACUACGCUCAUGGUAUCCGUCUGACCUCAGCCGUCCUGGGUGGAGAGAGGAAGGUUCUUAUUGUCUUCAUGGCUCCCAGUCAACAGGACCGCACCCGUUUUGUUAGCGACCUCAGGGAGAGCAUUGCUGAAGUGCAAGAGAUGGAGAAAUACAGAGUUGAAUCGGAGUUGGAGAAACAGAAAGGUGUGAUGAGGCCCAGUUUGCUAACUGGAGGCGUGGUUGGAGGAGGCAUCACCAUGAAGAGUGACGUUGUCAAUGGUACUCUGGGAAGGACAAGUUUUGAUGACAACUGCUCAAUGGGUGAGGGUCUCAAACGCACAGCUCUCAGCUCAUCUCUCAGGGACCUUUCAGAGACAGGGAAACGUGGUCGCAGGAACAGUGUUGGUUCCCUGGACAGUACUAUGGAAGGCUCCAUCAUUAGCAGCCCCCAGCCUCACCAGCGCUAUCCAGUGCCAGGUGUUGUCCCCGGCUGCUAUGGAUCUGAAGAAUUCCGGCCUCAUCGCCCCAUCCUGAGCCCCGGAACAGGGGUGGGGGGUGGGCCGGGGCAGCAACAUACCACUGCUGGGACAGGAGUUGGGGGAGUCUCCAGCAGUGUAGAGAGAGCAGGAGCGGGGAGUGGCUCUGGGGGGAGCAACAACAACAGCAGCUCCUUCCUGGGUUCCCUGUUCGGCAGCAAACGCACCAAGCCACCAGGGCCCCUCAUUCCACCGGGGCCACCCUACCCCGCGCCUGUCCCCCCGCCGACUACUGGAGGGCCCCCUCCUCACUCCCCUUCAUCUCUGUGUCAGCUGGACGGGGGGCCUUCCAAGAUUCAGGCACUGCACGCACAGUACUGUCACGCAGCCACCGUGCAGCCCCCACCACCUUACUAUCAUCACCAUCGCUACCACGUCCAAACCUGUCCUCCAACUUUGCAAGGCGUACCCAGUCUUACCAUACAGAGAGGCCCACUACCUUGUCGUCCACCGCUUGGCCCCCCGCUCAGUCAGCACCCUCAGCUGGCCCAUCUCUCCCAGCUUUCCCAGCAUGGUCUUCCGGGUCGCUACGCCAACAUGGUAGUGGGCUGUCCCCCCCCACUUUCUCCUCACUCCCAACACUCCCAGAACCCACAGUUCGCCCUGUACCACGCGCAGCCCACACACUCUGUCAGAGGGGGCGGCGGCCCUGGUACCAAACCUCCUUUAACGUUGUCUCAUUCUCACCCACACCCCCACGCACACUCCCAAACCCACCCUGGACACGUACACACACCGCACCCAGCCAGCCACUCCACCCACCAAACACACUUCAUAUUCGGCACACUGCCCCACAAUCUACCAUCCGCUACCGUCAAUGCGCAUCACGCAGCGCCCGCCGCCCCGUAUCUGCCCCAGUACCCUCCUCUCUCCUCCAUCCCCCCUCCCCCACCACACUCCCCUUUACCCCCCCCUUCGUCCCCCCUUACCCCUCUUACACCUCUCUCCCCUCUCCCCCCCCCAGCACCCAGGGCAGCCUCAGCAGGGGCCGCAGGUGACAGGGGCUGGAGCGACAGGUACAGGGGGCAGCUCCAAAUCCAAGCCUAUCAACCGGAUAAGUACCGUAGUGUGAGCAGGACAUGCAGCUCUAGGGGUCAAAGGUUAGAUGAUAGAGUGGAAGAAGUGGGCGGAGCCAGGGCUCGGACCAACGCUAUCAGGACGGAAAGUAACAGCAUCAACCCAAGUGACAAGAGGAAGCGCAGCUUACUUCGUCUGUGUUACUUCCACCUCCGUUUCCCACAUAUGUAGGUGGAGCCAGCAGGCACAUCUGGAGCUGAUGAGCACGCUCACACAUGCUACAAACAUGCACACAUUUGCACUUACACGUUUGUGCACACAAUGAGAAAAAAGUAUAUCUAUAGCCAUAUAAUUUAAGAUGAAACUAAAUCGAUAGCUAUAUAGCCUAAGUAUUGUUUGUUUGAAGUCUAGUUGAGUCUGUAUGAGACUAUUUACAUGUACAGUGCCAACAUGUGAUAAUGUGACACUGGAACAGCACAGAGCAUAUAUGUAGAUGCUUAAAUGGGGGUGUAAAUAAUGACUAAACUACCAAAUGAAUUCUAGCUGAGUUUGGCAUUAUUAGAAGUUACAGCAUAUAUAUAUAGGAGAAAAAAAGGUUCUUGACUUUGCAAUAACUAACUUGGCUUCACAAUGUCUCUGCCCAUUCUUGCAGAUUGCGCUUAGCUGACGGGCAUCUUUAUUUAUUUAUUAUUUUCUUUUCUGAAAGCACACUUCAGAUAUGUUGCUUCAUGUGAAAUUUUUAAAAUCUGUGCACGGUUUUCUGACAGUCUUUUUGCUCAACAGUCUUCUACUCGUCAGCAGGAGCCACCUGGCUUCAUAAUACAUUCCUCGUGGGUUAUAGGAAUUAAUGACACAAUCAAUAAUAUAUUUUGAAAUUCUGAAUGUUGCUGAAGCUUCUUGCUGUUUUUGUUGAUAUUAUACCUGCUAUGAUUAUGAAUAUUGUCCGACAAUUGUUUUGACCAGUGAUUUUAUCAGCAGAUGUUUGUACAUGGUUAUAGAGAGUGUAAGCACAUAGAAAUCCCCUCACUUGGCCAUAGCCACGUGAGUGUGAUAUGGCUUGUGAAAUGUGCCAUAGUUUCCCAUGGUACCUUCGUCCCGCGAUUUCCACUGAGCUCAUAUUAAAUGAUUGGUGUUAGUGAGUUUUGAUAAUAACGAAUGAGUUUUUAUUUAUGUUCAGUUUUAUUUAAAUACCAACACUAUUGAUCAUUUUCUGUUUAGUUUCA